UGUCCUGUAUUUACAAGUACGAGUGUUGGAAACACCUGCGGCUUUAUGGCUACACCAACCACUCGGCUUCAGGCGCCUCCACCACCGCCACCAAGAAGCGCUAGCACCGGGCUCCAUCUUACCAGACUCGGCAUCACUUCUGCUUGCCCACUUUCCACGACUACCGGCGGCACCAAUGACCCCAACCUGGAGGCCUCGACAUCCUUGGCGACCCGGGGCCCUAUUUAUGCUAAUCUGGCCGGUGUAAAAAGACAGACAGUGCUCGCGGCUGGCGGCUAUUCGCGGCCAGUGCUAGCGGUUGCACCCACUGCCUCUACACCUCCGCCCAAUUCCACGGGCUCAUCUGCCACUGUCUGCCUUCUGCCAGAGGUCACCAGUUCGCCUCUCUUCCUAUCGCCCCUUGCAACGCCUCCGUUGAGUGUCACCAACGCAGCAACCACCGUUCCUUCCAGACAAACUGAGAGUUAG